AUGAGAACAGUCCUCUCAAACGACUAUCUCAUCUCAGACCGAGGCGGUGUCAUCGAAAAUCGACAUGCAGUCCAUGCAGCGAUCGUGGAUAGCACUGGCCGUCUUCUAUACUCCCUAGGCGACCCAUCACGAAUAACCCUCGCAAGAUCCGCCGCAAAGCCAGCCCAAGCUGUCGCAAUCCUUGAAACAGGCGCAUUCGACAGAUUCGAUUUCGAUGACGCGGACCUUGCCCUUAUGUGUGCAUCGCACAGCAGCGAAGAGCGACAUAUAGCUCGCGCACGCAAUAUAUUGGAAAAGAUCGGGGCCAACGAAGGAAAUCUUCAAUGCGGUGGUCAUACCUCUAUAUCCAAUGCUGUAAACCGAGCAUGGAUCAAGAAAGACUUUACUCCAACGGCAGUUUGUAGUAACUGUUCUGGGAAACAUGCUGGCAUGAUUGCUGCGACGAUAGCACUUGGUGCCGAUGUCGACACGUACCAUUUGCCCACCCAUCCAAUGCAGGUCCGGGUCAAGAAUACCGUGAACGAGAUAUGUGGCCUUGAUGAACAAGGUUCAACAUGGGGGUUGGAUGGAUGCAAUCUACCUGCUCCGGCAUUUCCUUUGCUUUACUUGGCUAGAAUGUAUGCAUCAUUUGCUGCUGCUGCCUCUGGGAACCAUGCUACAACUACACGUUCUCCUCGAACCCUAGCACAGUCUCGUGUCUUCAAAGGUAUGUCCCAGAACUCAGAGUAUGUUGCGGGCGAAGAUCGGUUUUGCACGAUUCUCAUGCGUGCAUUCCAAGGUCUACUUAUUGGGAAAAUUGGCGCAGAUGGUUGUUAUGGUAUCGGGAUCCAGGAGUCCGAGGAGACGACACGACUUGGUGGUAAUGGGUCAAUCGGCAUCGCCAUCAAGAUUGAGGAUGGCAAUAUAGAUGUUUUGUAUUCGGCUGUAGCGGAGGUCUUGGAGCAGCGUCAGAUAGGAAAUCCUGAUAUGCGUCAAGAGGUUGCUAGAUUUCAUUCACCAGAGAUUAGGAACACGGUGGGAAUUGUAACAGGAAGACUUGUGCCGUGUUUCAAGCUACGAGAGAUAUGA